AUGUCUAUCUUCAGAAGGCUCCUCAAGAUGGAUGCCAAAAAGACCAAGAGGUUCACUAUCCAUAUCGAAACCCCUGAAUCAACAUCUUCACCAGCACAGCACCAGACCACAAACCAUACGGCCCACACCUCAUCCUAUAAGAAGCAAAAGCAGCAGCAGCCAAUGGUCCUUGUCAAAGGAACUCGAGAGCGACCAGGGUUCGUGCAGGCCACAGUUACGCUUGAACUGGACCAGAUGUGCGAGGGCGAGGAAGUCGAGAUCAUCUUCAAGGCUGUCGUUGGGUCCCGAAUCCAAGGUUUGGAGAUGUCAGUCCGGGGAGCAGAAAUAGGUACAUCGUAUUCAGAACAAAUCCUCCAAAAGAAGCGGUGGCUCCUACCGGUGACCAAGUCUGGACCACAGAUGAUUGCCGCCGGGAGAUACACGCGGCAGGUCUUCACAGUCCUUGAGCCCUCUUGGCCAUCCUCCUGCUAUCGACACCCCGAGGGCUUUGUACAAUACACAUUUCAGGCGAACAUCACCCGAACAACUGCCACCAAAUUGAAGACCCCACUCUUUAGCGCCUCCCAAGAGUUUUUGGUCAUGAAUUAUAGUCUCCCACCUGCAGGUCUCCUACCUUCCCCGAUUACACAUUCGACAGUCGUGAUCAGUCCCAAGAAGAACGUGCCAAUUCAGGUCGCCAUCCCAUCCGAGACCGUGAUUCUUGGGAAGAGAGUGCCCGUGACGAUCGAGGUCCAGCCAUUUAGGCCGAGGUCCGGUUUUGCAGGACAGGAGGUCGUGAUCAUGGAUGCACGGUUUGGGAUCCAGGAGACGAGGUUCGCGCGGUCGGUCAAUCAUAUGAUUGGCACUAAGCAGGUCAAGACGUUUGUCGAAAUUCUGGUGCCGGGAACAUCGAUGGGUAGUUGGCCGCAGAGCAGAAAUGGCUGGAAACGGACUGUGCAUUUGACUAUGCCGGCAUCGAACCUUGUGGACCCAGUCACGGCAGCCGCGGCGGCGACAGUGCCGUUGUCGACGCGAGCGAUGUUGACGCCGAGCCUGAGGUCAAAGUAUUAUGAUAUUACACACCAGUUGGUCAUUAUGCUGAAGCUCAGGACGAGUGGCGAGAAGGAUAAACAGGCAGAGGAGGUCGAGAUUCGGCUUGAUUUUAAUAUGGCGCAUCCGAUGUCUGAUGAUCCGGGCGUGUCCCUAGAGUACCAUGCUAUCGCUACAGAGUACCAUCCUGUCGCUGCCUUUUCGUUCCAAUUGGACGAUUUCCCUUUUGAUCCCAUGGAAGCAGCCCCACAGAUGCUUCGAACGUAA